CACGCUAGUCCGAGACGCGCGCGCAUCCGGAGCGCGCCGGUUCCGCUUCCGAAUUUCAAAAAUCGAACGUCGAUGUAAACAAACGACUGUUUGAUAUUGGAACGUUAUUUUGAAAAGUUAUUUUUAACUCUUAUUAUUUAAACAGAUUAGAAUGAGAGUUUUUUAUUGGGUGAUGUUCUUUUGUUAUUUGCUUUGUUUAAUAUUUACGUGUAUUUUGUGAAUUUUGGCAUAAUGAGGAUUGCAGAGUUUUUUUAGUGCUUGUUCGUACAUUUAUUGCUAAUGUGUAAAAUGUGUGUGUAUCGUUGUAGUGUGACAAUGUGGUGUGUUUUAUUUAUGUUAGUGUUUGUGCCUGUGCAAUCAAGUUUAAUUCAAGUUAGCGAAGUGGCACACAAUUAUACAAGCUAUCCCUGCACAGACCAAAACCACCUAGUUCUCGUACCAGGCGCCCUCACCGCCGGCAGCAGCAAUCGAGCCUGCGUAUCGCGGUUCCACUCUGAGGGUCCAGCUCAUGUGACCUUGACUUUGAAGGCUGAGGGUCAAGAGACUAAAGCUACAAGAGAUUUGCCUCCAGGCGAUGGAGGCUGCCUGGAUCUACCCGUUCCUCUGCUACCGAACACCAAAGCCGAAUUCAUUGUCAAUAUAAGAUACCCCGAGCUCUGCACUUGGGAGCGCCACCUCACCCUCCGAAUCACCAGUGGUAGAGUCAUCGUGCUACAUACCGAAAGGGCCCGGUACCGGCCCGGAGACAUCGUCCGCGCCCGGGCCUUGGUACUCAAGGCUGAUCUCGCACCAGUCCAUGGCAGUAUUGAGGAAAUGUGGCUCGAAGGUCCACCCGGUGCGUGGGAAGGUACGCGUGCAGCACAGUGGAAUCGAGUGCGAACCCGACUGGGCUUUGGGCAGAUUCAGCAUGAGCUUGAUGCUCAAGCACCACCUGGACGCUGGACGCUACGGGCCAAGCUAGAAGAUGGUUCACAGGGUGCCACAGAAUUCUUAGUGGGCAACUACGAGAUACCACCGUUUCAGCUCAGUGUUAAACAUGCAGCCAGGGUGCUGAGGACCAGUGAGCGACUUGUGUGGACUGUGUGUGUUAGGUACCCAUGGACAGAAGCAGUGGAAGGUAUGCUUGUGAUCCGCCUCCGUGGUGCUGGCGUCAACUUUUCUACGGACUCGACUCCAGGCGUCCGUACAGCAGUCCGUCUGCGUGCUCCAAAGGCCUGCCAUAGACAUGCAGUAGCUGCUAGGAGGAUAGGGCUGGAUGGAGAAAACCCACCCGAUGUUGUCGUAGCCGACUUCUCUUUUCAGGAAGAGGGUACGAGAAUCUGGCAGAACACGACGGUAGUCUCCCAGGUGGUUGACAAGGCGGUCACCCUGCAGUUUCUUACGAAGCACCGAGUGGUCCUAGCCCCUGGGCUACCAUACAAGUUGAAGAUAAAAGCAAAUCGAUGGGACGACAAGCCAGCAUCUAACCAGCAUGUCCGCGUGUGUCGAUCGCCAGCUGAACGCACCGAGGCGUCAUGUGAUGACGCCGUGACGGACGCUAGAGGCGUCGCUAGAGUAAUGUUCACGGUGGAAGAUGACGCCGAUGUCCUAUAUACAUUUCAAGCAACUCUCAAAAAUGACAGCAGCACAGCAGCACCCCCAAUAUACUUGCCAGUCCGAAGAACAGGGUCCAUACACGCCGCGCUCGGACCCCUGCGCAGCGACGCCAACUCGAGGAGCUUCGUGCCCCUUUACUUGAGCAUGGACGUUGAUACUGCACUGAGUGUGCAUUUUGUGGUAAUAACUCGCGGCGGCACCAUCUACCGCUGGGGCGUGACCACCCAGUGCCCAAUAUCUUCAUCAACCAAUCAAAUUCACGCUGCACCAAGAAACAGCAAUUGUCCUCAAGCCCACCAAUCCCAACUCAGCAGUGACCUACUGGACAGGAAAUUCUACCAAUCAGGCAACAGCAGUGGCUUCAUCCACCAAUCAGAAGGCAGUGAUCUUCUGGAUAGACAUUUGCUAAGAGUCAUGCUGCCGAUAAAAAUGACGCAUCAGAUGUGUCCAGACAGCCACUUGGUGGCGUACUUUUAUUAUAGAGGGGAGUUGGUCAGUGCUGUAAAGCAUAUUGAGAUGGAAGAGUGCUUUGUUAAUAAGGUCGAACUUACCUGGCUCUCCCGCCAAGUAGCACCAGGCUCCAGCGCCUCACUCUCCAUCACAACCAACGAGCUAGCCCUCUGCGGCCUCUCCGUAUUGGACUCGGCCUCACGCUGGCUGGCCCCCGUGCCGUCAGCCAAGGACUCCAUCAUGGAGCGGCUGAGGAAUAUCAUCGAUAGUCAUAGGAACUUGACUGAGUAUGAUGCUAGUGGAAAAUGCUUUCUGACAACAGACGAAGAAUUCCCAACAUCCAACUCCGUGGUCACGCACUUGGCAGCGGGCGGCGUGCGCGCCGCCGGGGGCGCGGGGCGCGAGUGCGCGCGGCCGCCGGGCGCGGCGCCGCUGCGCGCUCAGGUGCAGGCUAGAACGGACUUCUCAGAGGCCUGGCUAUGGCGCCUAGUGGCAGUUGGCGUGAACGGGACAGUAAUAACCAGUGCACGCGCUCCAGACUCUAUAACACGUUACGAGGCCACCGCGCUUUGCGUGUCAAGAAACGGCCUCGCUGUGUCCCCACCGGCCUCCUUACAGGUGUUCCGUGAAUUCUUUAUCCACGCUGAUGGACCGAAGCGACUGAAGCGAGGAGACUCGACGAUUAUUCAAUACCGCAUAUUUAACUACCUUUACGAGUCCCUGAAUAUCGAAAUUCAAGUACUAGCCGACCCACACUUAGAAGUACCGGACCGUACUGAGGUGGCGGCGAUGCCAGCUCGUGCAAGCGUGGCGCGGCGCGUGACGCUACGCGCUGCGUUGCCGGGAUCAGCACGCCUCGCUAUACGCGCGCGUGCACCUGCACAAGGAGUCAGUGACGAGAUAAUUAUUCAGAUCCAAGUGGAUCCAGAGGGUGUUCCAGCUCAGGACUAUCAUUCUGCUCUACUCUGUGGACCAGGUAGUGAAGUAUCCAGCUCGUCUGAGGUGUCCUGGUCCUGGCCCAAAGUUGACGCCAUACCCGGCUCUGAAUCCGUCACCGUUUGGACCAUUGGAGACAUCGCUGGGCCAUUACUCGCUGAUGCAGAUUCCUUGGUGCUACUACCGCGAGGUUGCGGAGAACAGAACAUGGCUCGACUUGCCACCAACCUUCUGGCCCUUGAACAGUUGGAUCCUAAGAGCCCAGCAGCUUCAUCCGCUAAGGAACACGUAGCCAGAGGCUUCACUCGUCAACUUCAAUACACGCAUCCUUCGGGUGGAUUUAGCGCAUUCGGCGCCUCUGAUGAUCCAUCCACCUGGCUCACUGCCUUCACUCUUAGAUAUCUACAGAAAGCGCAUGAGGUGAUCUCACCGGGCAUGCCACCGCCGCCGGCGCUGCGGCGCGCAGAGCGCUGGCUGAUGUCGCAACAAAUGGAGAACGGUUGCUUCCGGAAUGACGGACAGGUCUUCCACAGGGAGCUCAAGGGUGGACUCAACGAAGAUGGCGAAAUCGCCAACGUAGCGCUAACCGCCUAUGUAAUCACCUCCCUAGUGGAAGGAGUAUCAGAUCUCCCCUACAAAGUCCUCAAGAACACCCUCCACUGCCUCCGAGCUUUACCCCCUUUGAAGACUAAAUCACCGAAUAGGGUCUACGCUCACGCUGUUCUAGCUUACGCGUUUAUGAGACUGAGAAGGUAUGAAGAGGAGUUGAGAAGAAGCAAUGAGGCGAGUCCAGGGGUCGAGGGGUUGGAGGACGAUGAGGAUAUCAGGGAGUUAGUGGAACUUAUGAGAAUGGCGAGGAGGAAGGAAGAGUUUGUUUGGUGGGAGACGAGCAGUCUGGCAACAUCAGUAGAAGCGACGGGCUACGCGCUGCUCGCGCUCGCCUCGUGUCGGGGGCCGCUGCGCGCGAGCUGCGGGCACGACGCGCGCGCCGCCGCGCGCUGGCUGUCCGCGCGCCGCAACGCGCAGGGCGGGUUCGCUUCUACACAGGACACUCUAGUGGCUCUAGAAGCACUAACCGCCUGGACAGCCUCACAACCUCCUGCGCCGACGCACCUCACGGUAACAGUCAAGAGUGGGAGCGCGACAUCCAGCGUCCUGCUCACACCUGACGCUAAGGUACCGGAGCUCAUGAAGAUGCCGGCGGGGAAGUUAGAAGUGAAUGUGGAAGGGUCCGGAUGCGCGCUAAUCCAAGCCACGCGCGUAUACCACAUUCUGACACCGGCAUCCAGUGACAGCCUGCUCUCUGUACAGGUCUCGGUGCGCACUGACGGCGCCUUCAACUGCGACAACGGCACCAACUGCUUCUGUGCUGCGGUUGUUGAGGCGUGUGUGGUAUGGACGGGCGAGUUCCCAGAGAUGGCGCUACUGGACAUCACGCUGCCCGGCGGUUACGGCGCAGACGCUGCGCUGCUCUACGCUCAGCUGCAGAAGACUGAUACGCUUCUCCGUCGCAUCGAGUUGUCCCCGAGCGCUGGUCGCGCCACUCUGUACCUCGCAGCGCGUGGCGGGCGCCUGCAUGGAGCCCACAGAUGCUUUACCGUCCAUGCCGUGGGACCUGCUGCGGCUACCAAAGCGGCUUACGUCAGAGUUCAGGAUUAUUAUUUACCAGCACAUAAUGAUACCCAGAUGUACACGAUACCUGAAGAUUGUCCAUCAAGGAUCUCACAAAGGAGCAACGAUUAUCUACGUUCAGACAACUUGUUCUUCAAAUCACUGUCAGAGGACGGCGAGAUCCUGGUAAAUGACGAAUUCACUUUCGAGGAUGUGUCUGAUGGAAUUCCUCUUGAAGAUCCUAUUUACGAUAAUCUGACAAAGAAGGAAGAGAUAGAAAAUAUAAAUAUAGAUGAAAAUAAAGCCAGUCACAUAGAAGAAAAUAACCUGACAAAGAAAGAUGAGACAGAAAAUAUAAAUAUAAAUGAAAAUAAAGCUAACAUAGAAGAAACUAAUCUGACAAAUAAAUAUGAGUCAGGAAAUAUAAAUAUAGAUGAAAAUAAAGCCAGUAACAUAGAAGAAAAUAAUCUGAUAAAGAAAUAUGAAACAAAAAAUAUAAAUUUAGAUGAAAAUAAUGCCAGUAACAUAGAAGAAAAUAAUCUGACAAAGAAAGAUGAGAGAGGAAAUAUAAAUACAAAUCAAAAAGCGAGUUACUUAGAAGCAAAUAAUGAAAGGAAACCUAAAUUGGAAUCUGAAAAUGAAAUCAUUAGAAUUGAUGAUAAAAUUUACAGGAAUUUCGAUAAUAUAGAUGAUAGCACCGUUAAUCCGGGGAUAAAAGACAAUAGCACCAACGUUGAUAAACCAAUUAGCGAAGAAACAGAACUUCUAGAAAAGAAAGAAGUAAAAACAGAGCAUAGAAUAGAAAUAAGAGAUGAUAGUAAGCAAGAAGCUGAGGUAGAUAAUCCAAAGCUAUCUAGUUUCCAUGUGGUAAAUUCGGAUAAAGAUCUAGAUGUUCCCGAAGGGAUUGAAGGGCCGGUUCCUGUGGCUGUAUUGCCACCUCCAAAUUUCGUGUCAGUACCUCCUAUUACAGCACCUAACGCAGCCUUCCCAUCUGUCCAAGCCAACCCAAAGGCGUUCUACAGCUACCCGCCCUACAGUUACUACAUCUAUUCUGAACCUAGGCAUAGAUAUGUGUAUAAGCGCUAGACUGAUAGUUUUAAAUUGUGAGUCCUUAUCCUACUAUUCUUCAGUAAAAUCGUGACUUUUCUCUCUUUAUCAGGAGAGAAUUAUUUUAUUUUUUUUAAUUUAUGGCUAUCGCCACGAAGGCAUUUGCCAGAAAAGAGAAAAAUUACAUGGGAGUGAAAUAAGAGACAUGCAGUCCGCUGAACUAACUACUUUUGAUAUUAGCGCCAUCUGACGAUGACAUCGUGUACUUAAACAACUAGUUCACGACUCUGUGAACUGUAUAUACAUGUUUAUUUCAUCUGAAGCUACUUAGAUGUCUCUAAACACAAACUUGUGUUAAAGGCCUACUCGGUUUCCAGGAAAAUAUGUUACAAAAGGAUAACACCUAAUUAUUAUUAUUUAAAAUAUUAUUAAUUAAGGAAAACAUGUACUUUACUAGUAAAUGCUUAGUUUAAGAAUAUUUAUUAUGUAAUCUCAGUGGUAUUGUGGAGCCUGUAGACGUAAGCAACAUUGUCAAUCCGCCGCCCUUGUAUGAAGGCUGUGAUUAAACGAUUUUAUGCCGA